CCUGCAUUGUUUUGCAUAGGGGACAUGGGCACAUGCCAAAGUGCAUGUCACAACCCAUGUGGCUGUGGCGGUGAAACCGGUUUAUUGCCAGCGCCGAUUUGGGAAAGCUCGCGUCCGGAUGAGGCCAUUGCCAACCUCCUAGACCACUAUCGCCUCGGAGAAAUCCUGGGUGAAGGUUCUUUCGGUGUCGUGUCCGCGUGUCAAGAAAUUGUCAGCGGGAACGAGUACGCCGUCAAACUGGUGGACAAAGUGGAGUCGCCGCUCGCAGACAUCAAACGAGAAGCUCAGAUGAUGGCAAUGUUCAACCAUCCAAAUAUUGUGAAAUGCUAUGGGGUUUUCUACGACACGUGCUUCGUGUGCAUUGUGAUGAGCAAAUUUGAUGGCGGAGAUAUCGUCACCGCAUUGCAGGAGCGCACAAAGCUCCGCAGCUGCUUUGCAGACUACGACCUGGUGCAGGUCAAAAGACAGAUGGCGCUGGCGAUCGAGUACCUCCACCUGCAGGGGGUGGUCCAUCGAGACAUCAAGGGCGACAACUUUCUGCUGGACAGACCCGCGCUGACGGACCCCAAGUGCCAGGUGGUGCUGGCGGACUUCGGCACGGCCUGUUCGCUGGAACCAGGCGAGCGCCUGUCGCAGGCCUGCGGCACCAAAUCCUUCUGGUCCCCCGAGUUUUACAGUUUGUUCUACACCCAGAAGGUGGACAUAUGGGCCAUGGGCGUCAUUUGCUAUGGCUUGCUGACGGGCCGCUUCCCCUUCAAGGGCGAGAUCCAGACGAGGACCAAGGAGGUGGUGCUUCCCGCGCAUGCGCACCCCGACUGUGUGGAGCUGAUCCAGAGCAUGCUCCGCAAAGCGGAGGCGGAGCGGGCCGAUGCCACCACUCUGCUGAAGCACCGCUGGCUGGACGGCACCCGGAAGCGGCCCUUCGUGAGAGCGGACUCGGUGGAAAGCUUUACUUCCGUGGAAGGGGGGGCCGAGUUCUUCGAGGAAGCAGUGGACCAAGGUGUGAAGAGGAGGCGCCACUCGUUGCUGGACCGGAUGCAGAUGGAGCACCAGAGCAAGGAUCGCCCCUACAGAUUGCUGAACCACGAGGCCCGGGAGUUCGCGCAGAGCGACCGCCACGGCAGGACUUGGCACUACAAGUGGCUGCCCCGCAACGAGAUGCGGAAGCACCAAAGUAUGCGGCGCUUCGCGGCACCAGCGAGGCCGGCGUCGCCGUCCACCGUGCCGGGAGUGGAGCUACCGCUUUUUGCGCAGUUCUUGUCGGAGUACAACAUCAAGACCGCGGCCUUCGGGUCAGGCAAAGCCAAGCCUCUGGCGGCGCUGGCGCAGGAGGUGGAGACGGGGGCCUCGCGGCUCAUGCUGGAUGCAGCAGAGCACAAGAAGCUGGUGCGUGUGAAGGACGUGGUGGUGCUGAAACUCGUGGACGACAAAGAGCGUCUGCUCAUUGAAGUGGAGGAGCACUUCUCGGACGGCCGCGUGCGUGCGACCGGCCGCCUUCCGGGGAGCAAGAAGGAGACACACGAGAAUCUGCGGCAGACAGCACGGCGCAUCCUGGAGGAGACGUUGAAUCUGGAGCCAGCGAUGGUGAAGCUGGACCUCGCCGGCGCCGAGUACCAACACCAAGAGCUGGACUCCCCGUCCUUCCCUGGACUGCGCACCGUGUACCGAAAGGAGGUGGUGAGCGGCCACGUGUCGACCAAGGACCCGAAGCGGCGUGAGCAGUUCCUGGGCAGUGGCUGGCGAGCCACGGAGCGGGGCGGUUCCAGGAUGCUGCGCUGGAUCACGGAAGAGGAGGCCGGCUCGAUGCAGCUGGAGGAAGUGGAGGGAAACAACAACGCCCCCAGCGUCAGCUCCUCUCUGGUCUUGGCGCCCAUUGGGCUCAAGGAGCCCGAGCUGCGGCAGUAUCUGGAGAAGCUGCAGGUGGACGUGAGCGCGUACGGCCGCGACGGCGCCAAGUCGCUGAAGGAGUUCUCCGAGGAACUGAUAAAGGGCGAGGUCCGGCUCGGCAAGGGCGAGAACGGCGAGGGCUGCGUCGUUUCAGAGGUCGUCAACCUCUGCAUCAAAAACUCCCAGAAGGACGAGGUCCUCUUGCAGGUGAAGCAGGUGGGACCUGGGGACUUCGUCUCCGACAAGCUCUUGCUGCCCUGCGCCAGCCGGCGCCCGGACGAGAACAUUUUCCUCGUGGUCAAGCGAAUCCUGAGGAGAAGCCUUCACAUCAAUCCGAACGCCGUGUGCCUCGAUACCAAUGUGACGCUUCUCCAGGAAUACCGGAGCUCAGUGGCCUACCCUGGUCUCAACUUUGUGGAGCGCGAGAACGUGAUCACUGCGACUAUCGACAACCCUGACAUUCCUGAGGAAUCUGAGGGGUGAGUGGUUGCAGCGCGUCGGGCGCGUCUCAUCGCAAGGGUUUCGCCUGCUUUGUUCAAGUUUGCCUGCUUUUUUCCAGGCGCAAGCAUGGACUGAGUGAUCUUGAAGCAACAGGAAGUUUGAACGAGAUCAAUUUGUUCAGUCGAUUCGACUUCUUUUGUUUGGUGGGUUCCCCGCUAAAAGUGGUCCAGGCUCCGACAACGGGGGGCGCUGGUCGCAGCUGGGUCCUCCCGCCACUUUCGCAUGCCCAUGCAGGUGGCCAGG